AUGCCGUCAGCACAGAUUAAUCAGCCUUCCAACCAGAUCAAGUUGACAAACGUCAGCUUGGUCCGUAUGAAGAAGGGCAAGAAACGCUUCGAAAUCGCCUGCUACAAGAACACCGUAACGUCUUUCCGCGCGGGCAAUGAAACMGAUCUAGACAAUGUCCUCCAAAUCCCCAACGUCUUUAUCAAUGUCUCAAAAGGCCAAGUCGCACCCAAUGAUGACCUCAAAAAGGCCUUUCCCAACAUGAGCCGCGAUGACAUCGUACUGGAAAUCCUCAAAAAGGGCGAGAUUCAGGUUGGAGAAAAGGAGCGAUCGCAGGAACUGGAUAGAGUGCACAAGGAAGUCAUCGAAAUUGUGGCGGGGAGACUUGUGGACCCGAAGAGUAAGAGAGUCUACACGACGGGCAUGAUUGAGAAGGCGCUGGAUCAACUGAGCAGCAAGGGAGGCGGAGCAGGACGGGCUCCGGCGAAGGGAGGUGCGGUAGAGGGUAGUGAUCGGAGUAAGAGUCGGGAUCAAAGUGCUGCAGCGGCAGAUUCUGGAUCGAGCACACCCGCGAAAGGGAGUGGGGAUGCACAAGGAGAGGCGAAGGUGGUAGAUAAGGCGAAAUGGACGGGAGUGGUCACUACGAGGAGUUCCAAGUCGCAGGCGCUGGAUGCGAUGAAGGCGCUUAUUGCCCAUCAGCCUAUCCCCGUGGCGAGAGCAAGGAUGCGACUGAGGAUUACUUGUCCAACCAGCGUUCUCAAGCAAAGCGUAAAGUCGGCUCCAAAAGCCGAAGGCGAGGAACCAACGACGGGGACCGUCAAGGACAUAAUUCUGGGUCUUGUGGAGCAGGUCGAGAGUCAAGAUGUCAUGGGCGAGGAGUGGGAAUGCGUAGGGUUCGUCGAGCCGGGCAGCUUCAAGACGCUCAGCGAUUUCAUCAGUGCGCAAACGAAAGGCAGGGCCAGGGCGGAAGUGCUUGAUAUGGCUGUCACUCAUGAGGAGAAUUGA